AAAAUCGAAUAUGGAUCCAAAAAGCAAUCCUGAAGAGGUAAAAGAAGCUAUGAAGGAGUACUAUGGAAAGAAGCUGACUAACUCUGAAGAUCUCCAGACAGAUGCCUGUACACCUUUGGGGAAGAAAUUUUAUAAAUCUGCUUGUAAAGCUGUUAGAGAAGUUCAUGAUGAUGUUAUCGCGAAGUAUUAUGGAUGUGGAAACCCCAUCCCAGAAGGACUUGAAGGGGCAACUGUUCUAGAUCUAGGCUCUGGAACUGGGAGAGAUGUGUACAUAUGCUCCAAAUUAGUCGGGGAGACUGGAAAAGUGAUUGGAAUUGAUAUGACUCAAGAACAGAUUGAUGUUGCCAAAGAAUAUCAAGAAUAUCAUGCUGAAAAAUUCGGAUUUGCUAAUACUGAGUUCAUACAAGGGUAUGUAGAAGACUAUGUGGAUACUGGAGCAAUAGAAGAAGGUUCAGUUGAUGUAAUUAUUUCUAAUUGUGUUGUGAAUCUCUGCCCUGACAAAGAAAAAGUACUUAGGCAAGCAUGGAAAGUUCUCAAAGAAGGAGGUGAAUUAUAUUUUAGUGAUAUGUAUUGUGACAGAAGACUUCCUGAAGAGAUAAAACAAAAUAAAGAACUUUGGGGCGAAGGACUUGCAGGUUCAUUAUAUGUAGAGGACUUCAAACAGAUUAUGAGAGAUAUUGGGUUCAGAGAUAUUAGAAUUUGUUCUCUAAGAAAAAUCAAAAUUAAAGGGAGCUAUGAUUUAAAAGCUAAUUAUUAUUCCAUUACUGUGAGAGCUUUUAAAAUUUCUACUUUGGAAGAAAGAUGUGAAGAUUAUGGAAAUCUAGCGACAUACAAUGGAAAGAUGACAGAUUUCGCUGAGAAAUUUGAAUUUGAUAAAAAUUAUACAUUUAUCAAAGAUGAGCCAUUAUCUAUAUGCCAAAACACUGCUGAAACCUUAAAAAAAUCAAGAUUUUCAGAGUUCUUUACUAUCACAGAAGACGAAGAACACCAAGGACUUCAUCCAAAGCAAAGCUUCCAGAUAAUCAGAGACCCUCAGCCAUCAUGCUCAUCAUAAUCUCAAGCUACUACAUCAAUGGAUCCUAUCCUCU